GGGAAGAGGCGUGACCAGGUUUCGAGAGGAAUAGUAGUGCCGUGCAGUACCUCUGUGUGGCCCUUCAGUUGCAAUUGAAGAGAGCAGGACCCACUUUCAAGCUAGCAGCUGGAGUCUCUUGACACCUCACUCCUGCCCCCAGGAUUAAAGGGGAAACCGAGACCUGAAUGGGCUCGGUCAUCUCCAGCAGCUCGCGUGGCGACCGCAGCCGUAGCAGGUAAAAAGAUGGUUGCAUCAACUCACUAAAGCAAUAGCCUUACUAUCUUUGUUUUUUAAACUGCACCAACAAUGGAGCAAUGAUAUCUGAGAACAAAUGAACAUUUGCCAACUAACUGUCAUCACAAUUUCAAGUGAUUGUAUAAGCAGAAGCAAGCUGCGACAGACCUAUGCGUCAACCGGUAUAGAGAGAAUGCUUCUUUCUGGUGCUGUUUAUUUAGAAACAGUUUUAAUAUAGCACAUUUAAAUUCUGUCUAUAUCAAAUGAAAUAAAAAUGAGUGAAGCCCCCAGAUUCUUUGUUGGGCCUGAAGAUACAGAAAUAAACCCGGGAAAUUAUCGGCAUUUCUUCCACCACGCAGAUGAAGAUGAGGAGGAGGAGGAUGAGUCUCCCCCAGAAAGGCAGAUUGUGGUUGGAAUAUGUUCCAUGGCAAAGAAAUCCAAAUCCAAACCAAUGAAGGAAAUUCUUGAACGGAUCUCCUUAUUUAAAUAUAUCACAGUGGUAGUAUUUGAAGAGGAUGUUAUUUUGAAUGAACCAGUGGAAAACUGGCCUUUAUGUGAUUGUCUGAUUUCUUUCCAUUCUAAAGGAUUUCCACUGGACAAAGCAGUUGCCUAUGCAAAACUCAGGAAUCCAUUUGUAAUCAAUGACUUGAAUAUGCAGUAUCUCAUACAAGAUAGGAGAGAAGUGUAUAGCAUUCUUCAAGCUGAAGGAAUUUUGCUUCCUCGUUAUGCAAUUUUGAACCGUGACCCAAAUAAUCCCAAAGAAUGCAGUCUAAUCGAAGGGGAAGAUCAUGUAGAAGUAAAUGGAGAAGUUUUCCAAAAGCCAUUUGUAGAAAAGCCAGUCAGUGCAGAAGAUCACAAUGUUUACAUUUAUUAUCCAACCUCUGCUGGUGGUGGAAGUCAAAGACUCUUUCGAAAGAUUGGCAGUAGAAGUAGUGUUUAUUCCCCUGAAAGCAGUGUACGAAAAACAGGUUCUUAUAUAUACGAAGAGUUUAUGCCCACAGAUGGUACUGAUGUUAAGGUUUAUACAGUGGGUCCAGAUUAUGCCCAUGCCGAAGCUCGAAAAUCUCCUGCACUUGAUGGCAAGGUGGAACGAGACAGUGAAGGAAAAGAAGUAAGAUACCCUGUCAUUCUCAAUGCACGAGAGAAAUUAAUUGCUUGGAAAGUCUGCCUUGCAUUUAAGCAAACAGUUUGUGGCUUUGAUUUGUUACGGGCCAAUGGACAGUCUUACGUCUGUGAUGUCAAUGGCUUCAGUUUUGUGAAAAAUUCCAUGAAGUAUUAUGAUGAUUGUGCAAAAAUACUUGGCAAUAUUGUAAUGAGAGAGCUUGCUCCACAGUUUCAUAUCCCCUGGUCAAUACCCUUAGAAGCUGAAGAUAUCCCAAUUGUACCAACUACAUCUGGAACUAUGAUGGAACUCAGAUGUGUCAUAGCUGUCAUACGCCAUGGGGAUCGAACACCAAAGCAAAAAAUGAAAAUGGAAGUGAGACAUCAAAAAUUUUUUGAUCUUUUUGAAAAGUGUGAUGGAUAUAAAUCUGGGAAAUUAAAACUCAAAAAACCAAAACAGUUACAGGAAGUGCUAGAUAUUGCACGACAACUUCUUAUGGAGCUAGGGCAAAAUAAUGAUUCUGAAAUUGAAGAAAACAAGUCAAAACUUGAGCAACUUAAGACCGUGUUAGAAAUGUAUGGCCAUUUUUCUGGAAUAAAUCGUAAGGUCCAAUUAACCUAUCUCCCUCAUGGUUGUCCGAAGACAUCUAGUGAAGAGGAAGACAGCCGAAGAGAAGAACCAUCUUUACUUUUGGUUCUUAAGUGGGGAGGAGAACUAACCCCUGCAGGCAGGGUCCAGGCUGAAGAACUUGGAAGAGCUUUCCGGUGUAUGUAUCCUGGAGGUCAAGGAGAUUAUGCAGGAUUUCCUGGUUGUGGUUUACUUAGAUUACAUAGUACCUACCGACAUGACCUCAAAAUAUAUGCUUCUGAUGAAGGACGAGUCCAGAUGACUGCAGCUGCUUUUGCAAAGGGGCUACUGGCUCUAGAAGGAGAGCUUACACCCAUUCUUGUUCAGAUGGUAAAAAGUGCGAACAUGAAUGGUCUUUUGGACAGUGAUAGUGACUCUUUGAGCAGUUGUCAGCAACGUGUGAAAGCAAGACUUCAUGAAAUACUUCAGAAGGACAGAGAUUUUACUGCUGAAGAUUAUGAAAAGCUUACUCCAUCUGGAAGCAUUUCUCUUAUCAAAUCAAUGCAUUUAAUUAAAAAUCCUGUGAAGACCUGUGACAAAGUUUAUUCCUUGAUACAAAGUUUGACUUCUCAAAUCAGACAUCGAAUGGAAGAUCCCAAAUCAUCAGAUAUUCAGCUUUAUCAUAGUGAAACGUUAGAGCUCAUGCUACGUAGAUGGUCCAAGUUGGAGAAAGACUUUAAAACAAAGAAUGGAAGAUAUGACAUUAGUAAAAUCCCUGACAUAUAUGACUGUAUAAAAUAUGAUGUCCAGCAUAAUGGUUCCUUGAAAUUAGAAAACACAAUGGAACUAUAUAGGCUUUCGAAGGCAUUAGCAGAUAUUGUUAUCCCUCAGGAGUAUGGUAUAACUAAAGCUGAAAAACUGGAGAUUGCCAAAGGCUACUGUACUCCUCUAGUUAGAAAAAUUCGCUCAGACCUUCAGAGGACCCAAGAUGAUGACACUGUAAAUAAACUCCAUCCUGUAUAUUCCAGAGGUGUUCUGUCUCCUGAACGUCAUGUUCGUACCAGAUUGUAUUUCACCAGUGAAAGUCAUGUACAUUCUUUACUGUCUAUUCUUCGCUAUGGUGCCUUAUGCAAUGAGUCAAAGGAUGAACAGUGGAAACGAGCUAUGGAUUAUUUAAAUGUUGUCAAUGAACUCAACUACAUGACUCAGAUUGUUAUCAUGCUUUAUGAGGAUCCUAACAAGGAUCUUUCCUCUGAGGAACGCUUUCAUGUUGAAUUACACUUCAGUCCAGGAGCCAAAGGAUGUGAAGAAGACAAAAAUUUACCAUCUGGCUAUGGAUAUAGACCAGCUUCAAGGGAGAAUGAAGGGAGGAGAUCUUUUAAAAUCGAUAAUGAUGACGAACCACAUACUUCUAAAAAAGAUGAGGUUGAUCGAGCUGUGAUAUUGUUUAAACCUAUAGUAUCAGAGCCAAUUCAUAUACACAGGAAGUCUCCACUUCCAAGAUCUAGGAAGAUGGCCACAAAUGAGGAAGAGAGCCCCCUGAGUGUGUCUAGCCCAGAGGGUACUGGUACCUGGCUGCAUUACACCAGUGGUGUGGGUACUGGGCGUCGAAGACGCAGAUCAGGGGAACAAAUCACUUCUUCCCCUGUCUCCCCCAAAUCAUUGGCUUUCACAUCCAGUAUUUUUGGCUCAUGGCAACAGGUUGUAUCUGAAAAUGCUAAUUACUUGCGAACACCAAGAACUCUUGUGGAACAGAAGCAGAACCCUACUGUAGGGUCUCACUGUGCGGGCCUGUUUAGCACCUCGGUGCUCGGGGGUUCUUCAAGCGCACCUAACCUACAGGAUUAUGCUCGUACUCAUCGUAAAAAGCUGACCUCUUCUGGCUGCAUAGAUGACGCCACACGUGGUUCUGCUGUUAAAAGGUUUUCUAUCUCAUUUGCUCGACACCCAACCAAUGGCUUUGAAUUGUAUUCCAUGGUGCCAUCUAUUUGUCCUCUAGAAACUCUUCACAAUGCCCUGUCUUUAAAGCAGGUGGAUGACUUUCUUGCUUCCAUUGCUUCUCCAUCAAGUGAAGUUCCACGGAAGACCCCUGAAAUCUCCUCUGCAGCUUCACGUUCCAGUCCAGUAAUGAGAAGAAAAAUAUCUUUAAAUACAUACACACCUGCAAAGAUCCUCCCGACGCCACCAGCUACCUUAAAGAGUACUAAAGCAAGCAGCAAACCAGCUACCAGCGGACCUUCUAGUGCAGUUGUUCCUAAUACCUCAUCUCGGAGAAAGGGUAUGACUAGCAAAACAGAAAUGCAUGAGCACAAAAAAAGCACUGGGAAAAAGAAAUGAAAUCUUCUUAGCAGAAGCUGGAACUCAUAAAAAUCACAUGUUCAGUAGAGAAGGACAUGUAAGAAACCUUGACUGAAAGUGUCAAAGCAAGUGAUGUGUAUCCCCUUGAACAUCUCUGUAUUCAUUUAAAACAUACAUUAACUAUAGAGAAUUCUUUGUAUAUAUUCAGGUAAGGAACUUUUGUCAUGAUCUGGAAAUGUUUAAAACAAUGUUUAUUGGUGUUUUAUGAGUAGCAAAACUUACGGUGAUAAAGGUUUGUGGUUCUCAAUGUGAUGUUUACUAUGUGCCCGUGGUAAAGAAAAGGAACGUAAAAGCCUGGCUGGCCUGUACCAGUGUCACACAGUGAUGCUGUUUACUAAAGAAUCUGUGAGGUAGCCUCUGUACACAUUUUCAUUUUCAUGGUAUUGCAUUUGGCUGUAGAAACCUGUAGCUUAUAGCCUGGGUUGACAUUUGAUGGCCAGGGUUACACACUAUGGACUUUUAAAGUAUAUUUCCAAAGAGAUUUCAUUGAUCAUUUAGAUUAGAAACUUUUUUUUCCCCAAUUGUUACAAUUACAUAUAUGCUGCAAUAUUUAAUAACUGGAGUAUUAGCAUAUGGGUUAUUUUUUCAUUCUGUACUUUGAAUUUUCUAUUAUGUGUUAUUUAAAAUAUUACAUAUACAGCUGGGAUGACUACACCUUUACACAUAUAAAUUUGUAUAUUAAUUUGUAGAAAGUAUUUUCUUUAUAUAUUCUUUACCAUAAGGUGCUUUUUGUUCAUCAGGAAAAUUUGCUUUGUGCAUUGGUGGGAAAGACACGUUGAGAAUUUCUUUUUAGGAGAAAUGAUUGACAAGUUUAUAAAUACUGCAGUGAUUUUCAGAGUUCUUUUUAGAUCUAGGAAAAUGAGUUCAGAAUUGGAAACCAUCACGGUAAGAUGUAAGAAUAUCUGAAUUCCGUAGUUAGUAGAUACUAUGUACACCACACCUGUGUUUCCCAUUUCCAUUCUUAUCUCUAGUAUAUCAGUUGUUCUCAUUAAGAUAACUUAAAGAUUGAGCGUUUGAAAUAAAUGCUCAUUUCAAAUAAUUACAUUUUGAAGGGAAAUUGAGAUCAUUGUGUUGUGAUUUCAUUUAUGACGUGAAAAAAAUAUUUAUUAUCCUUGGUGCUUAUUUUGCCCUGAUGCGCAAAUGAUUGUAAGCCACUUGAAAUGACUUAAACUGUAAACCAAAUAGUACAGUCUGAUAAGAAUUCCAUCUGUGGCCAGUCAGAUAACUUAAGUUGCUACAGCUUUAGUUUGAGGCUUAUGCUUAGAAAAAUUACUGAAUUCUCAUAUGAAUCGCUAUUCAGAUCCUCAGAAGAGACUCUCCUAACCUUAAAUCAUUAUAUAUGAACUUACGUUAGAAAAUAAGCAUAUUACGUGUUAGUUUUAGGAGGUACCAGAUGCGAAAGUCACAAAAAUACACAAUUAUAGAAGUUCAUAUUCUUGACAUGAAUGUAAAUGUAUUAUAAGGAGACAUGUCUUGUAAAAGUUGAAUGUACCUAACCGUUCUGUAUGUGAAAAUGUGGUUAAUGUGCUCACUGUUGGAGUGAAGAAACUACUUUUAUUUUUUAAGUGGAACUGAAUUAAAAUGUUUUAUUUCUAGAAUCA